AAAAUUUGUUCUAUAAAUGACAGAUCGACUUGAUUGACUCGAUUUCAACGCGUCUUAGAAACCAUGAAGAACAAACCACUUCGUCACAAAGAAUCGAACACCUUUCAGUUCAAAUCAUUUUCUGAAAGGGUGAAUGACAUCGACGUUGAUGUGUUUCACCGUGUCGCUCAUCGAAAUGAAGAGAACGACGAAGAAGUGGAAACGUACUUCCACCAGACUCUUAAGAAAUGGAAUUUUCUUAACCUCACAGAGGGUUACUGCAGCUUUAAAAAGAAAGUUCGCGAUAUCGUUACUCUCCCGCAAUUGAUCAAUCAGAAGCAAUUUGUGAUCGACAUGUUAAUAGAAUAUUUAGAGAAGAAGGAUGUUCUGUUCCUGCAACCAAUUUUAGAAUUAGUAGUUGCUGUGUCGAAAGAUCUACAGAAGGAUUUUUACGAAUACUUCCCUCGUUUUUUAUCCGUUAUCGUGGAUUUGUUGCAAACAAAAGAUACGGAUCAAUUAGAAUACACGUUUACGUCGUUGGCUUAUUUAUUUAAGUUCUUAUGGCGGUAUUUGGUUAAAAACGUUAAGACCGUAUUCGACCUGCUGCUGCCAUUGUUGGGAGAUACGCAGCCAGUGUAUAUAAAUAAUUUUGCUGCCGAAAGUUUUGCUUUCGUUGUGCGAAAAGUCAAAGACAAAGAUUCUUUUUUAAAGACGCUGUUGCUUAUCCUGAAAGACAAUUCUAACGGAGUUCCAGGAUGUGGCAAAUUGUUGUUCGAAGUAAUAUCCGGUAUACCGGGACAAUUUCAUUCGUGCGCGGAACAAAUGCUCACGUCGUAUCUUAUCGUAUUGAACGACGAGUCUGUCGAUCAAAAUUUAACGUUCAAAUUGACGAAAGAAAUUGUUAACUGUUUGGUAGAAAAUAUACAUCCGCAGAAGUGUAAAGUAUUCUGGACGGUGCUGUUAAACGUUAUGGAUCCGUUUAUCGGAAAAACGAGAAAGUUCCAACCAGCUGCCGGAAGAGAAAAGAGCUUGAUUCUUCUAAUGCAAUUGUUAUCUAUAGCGAUUAAUCACAAAAAUGGAAAAUUGGUCGUGGAUCCUGUACCUCUGCUUAAAAAGCUGACGCAAACUCUAGAUAUUUUCGAAAACGAUAGCGACGUAUUAAGAGAAAUUAUAAAUGUAGUUGUUGCUAUUCUUUUAGCAACCAACGUUAAAUUGAUGCAAGAGACAUCCAGCCAGAUAUUAAUUAAAGUUAUGGCAGUGAAAGAUGUUAGGUUGUUGUACGACGCUGUGGAAAGUUUGAUGCAUUACUCGGCGUUUGAAACUUUGAUACUAUCCCAUAUAUUACGACACAAUAUUACUAACGACUUCAACAAUGACAGUUUACAAUUGUUUACAAAAAUAAUUAAGGAAAAAGCACCAUUGUGUAUAAACGGUAUCAAUUUAAAUAAAUGGAAGAAGUAUGUUUUGGAUGUACGAGGUAUAAAACCAGAUAGUAUUAACUUCCUCCUGAAGGAAUUGAAAACUUUAUCGGAUAAUAAUAUAUCGACAGAUGCAUUAAAAAUAUUAAUCAUUCUGCCGCAUUUGAAACCUUUGCCUGAAGAAUCCAAAGAUAUUUUAAAAGAGGGAAUAUCGUCCUUAUAUAAGCAGAUAUUGGACAACGAUAAUACGGAAAAUAACGAAGCUAAACUAUGUUUUACAUUCUUGUUAGCUUUGGAAUCAGCAAUCCAUAUUUUUGAACCUGAAAUUUUGCAGGAGUUCAUGAAAACGCGUGAUAUAAAAAUACUGGAUCUUAUAGCCAAAUACCCUGACAAUAAAUUGAUUCUGAACGCGGUAGAUUUGUGUAUAACAUAUUUUAGUACAUCGCAGCAACGGGAAAUGUACAUAAAUCAAAUCGUAUUCGACAAUUUAAACAACGUCGUUGCUCGAAAAUUGAGUUCCCCUUUCGGUGAAGUUCGUUUAAUCGUAACUCAUUUGUACUCGUUGUAUUCUGACGUCAGAGAAAUUACAUCGUUCGUUCCAAGUACUGGAAAAAAUGCCAUGGGACUUAUGUACUUGGCGGAAUGUGAACCUAUAACUGUGCAUAAUUACCGGGACAGAUUAUUGCACUUGCAGAGUUUAGUGUUUGAAAGUAACGCAGUGUCCUGUUUACAUCCCAAGUACAAUGAACUUCCACUGCGGUAUUUGUUGGGGAAUUUGUAUAUAAACUUUUCUAUACUAUGGGAACCCGUCAGCAAGAUCAUAGCUACAUACGCUGUCAAAGAGUGCGAACAGUUUUGGCCAAUAUUCUUAACAGAAUUAAAAUGUAAUUACAAAGGGACCGUAGAUCAUGCUCCAUCGUACGACUGCGUUGUUAUUUCCAAUAUAGAAGACACAAUGCGAAAGAGCAACGACAAACAAGAUUACGAAAACAAUAAAAUACUUUUGUGGAAGUGUAUGGCACAUUUCUCACAUUUCUGCGAAGCGAAGAACAGGGACAUAACCGGAUUGUUCAUAGACCAUGUGAACGACAAUUUCUUCCAGUCAAACUCCGAAGAUGCUAAUUGUUGUAGUAUUAUGAAGACUCAAGAGCUAAAUACUUCCGACAGUAAAUUAGAAAUUGAUGAGGAGUCCGAAGAGGAUGAAAUGGAUGAAAAGGAAGAGGAAGAAGCUACGGUUCCUGCAAAUACGAAGCGUAAGCAAAUAGAUGCAGAGCUUAAACAAAUGUUUGCAGCGAACAGGGGUUACAAAAGGAAACUUUUGAUCGCGCAGAUGGCGAUAUUUGAGAAGGCAACGAAUCCAAGAACGUUGUACAGGGAAUCGGAGAUGCAGAGAAUUUACUUGGAUUUAUUGUCAUCGAAGAACCCUGAUAUUCAAAGGGCUGCUUUAAAUUGCCUUCUAGCUUACAAGCAUAAAUAUCUGUUACCGUACAAAGAUACUCUGUGUAAUAUAAUUGGCGAUAAGAAUUUAAAAAACGAGCUCACGCGAUUCAAGGUCGACAACGAGAGCAACAUGAUACAGCUCGAACAUCGGGGCGAAUUCAUACCUAUAUUGAUGAGAGUGAUUUAUGCAAAAAUGGUUACGAAAACAGGAAUGAGGACCGGUGGUAAAAUUGGAGGAACCGUGAAACGUAAAAUGAUCUUACGUUUCCUGGCCGGCACGCAAGAAAACGAGAUGAUCGUGUUUACCAAAAUGGCGUUCAAACCAUUCAAUAAGUAUAUGUCGCUCGAAUCGUACGAAAACUUAAAUAUAAAGCAACUCACGCUUGAUAUUAUUAAUACAGUCGAUUUGAACAAUGUCACUCCGCCUAAACGUUUGCUGAGCGCGACAAAUUUACUUGGAAUUUUGAUAGAACAAUUUGGUAGCAAAAUGACUAGCAAGCUGCUACCUUAUUUGCUUGGUUUGGUGAUUUGCAAUCUAGCAGAGGUUACUGGGAUCUUACAGAAAUCAAAUAAAGUUCAUGCUGGUUACUUGUCGUGUAUAAAAAGGGUACGAGUAAGUUGCAUCUUGAUAUUAGCAAGGUUCUUCGAUCAUUUCAAGGACUAUCCAUGGAGCGAACAUGAAUUAGACGCCAUGUUUAACGUAGCAGUGUUUCCAUGGGUGGAGAAACUGCCCAUAGAUGGUAUACACAGCCCCACACCAUUGUUAAAGCUGUUUCUAUCAUGGAGCCAAAACUCUCGUUAUUAUCCAUUAUUUAUAAAAUGUCGCGAGGACGACAAAUCGGUCAGCCCGCUUCCGUACAUUAUGCAACUGCUUUUGGCCCCCAAAGCUCACGCGUCUGUGACGAACGCCAUACUUGAAAUGAUCGAAAGAAUGGUCACGUUACAAGAUUAUGGCAAAACGAACGAGAACGAUAUGGAAACCGAUACGGUUUUCGUUCCACUGACGCAUUCACUCACCAAUUUGCUAGAAAUAAACGAAGAAGCAUUGUCGAAUGGAAUCAAUUAUGGCUCGACUAUACUGCUCCCUCACGUCUUCAGUAUCUUGGAAUACAUUAAAAGGAAACUCGAGAAGUCGAACAGAGGGGUGAAGAAAACUGAAUUGACCAUACUGUCACGUAUUUCGGAAUUCGUGAAAGAUCCAAACGCAUGCGACACGCUUCUUGCUCUCACUUUACCCAUAUUGGUGAAAAGAGCAACCGCUGGAGAAGGGGAAGAAACGAUUAUGGAAUUACUAACAACCGUUAUAAAUCUUAUAAAACAUAUCAAGAGACCAGAGAUUCAUAUACGUGCGAUUUUACCUCUGUUGGGCAUUUUAUCUGCUAUACCAACCCGCAAGCUUUUCUUGGAGCUUUACAAAACUAUCGCCGAAGCGUCCACGGGGGAUAACCGCGAAACGUUGUUAAAAAAUUAUAAUUUAAUAACCGCGCUGAAUGCAUGGGACCGCAGAUGGAUCGAUCAGGCAGAUUUCCAAAAGAGACUGGACGCAUUUACUGAGAUUAAUAACGCGGCGGGAAAGGAUGAAAUUACAAUGGAGUUUGGGGUGGCUGUGAUUUAUAACUGUUAUUACUUUCUUAGAAAUGAGACGGAUUUAGCGUUGAAAGAUUACGCGGGACAGUGCCUCAAGCUUAUUGGUCCCAAAUUGGCGAAGAAGCACGGGGAGAAUGUAACGGAUAAACGUUAUCUGAUGGACGACACUAUUUUACCGCUUAUAAGGAAAGGGAUUGUUAGUAAAAAUGAUACUGUCAGACUUCAGUCGAUAGGUCUGUUAGGGUGUUUGGCUAUGGAGUGCCCGGAAGUGCACCCCAUUUUGCGAGACUUGUCGUUGUUGACUAACAAAGUAGACCCUGAAGUGGAUUUUUUUGAGAAUAUGCAACAUUUGCAACUGCACAGAAGGGCUCGUGCGUUGUUGAAGUUCUGUAGCUUGGCAAAGACGUUGAAAAAGGCGCCGAAUCCGAGAACACUGACUCAGUUUAUUCUUCCUCUUGCCUCCUCGUAUUUGUGCAACGAGAGUUUCAUACACAAAAACAGCCUUGUCGAUGCUGCCAUCGAGACAGUCGGGACAGCGUGCAGACUGUUACCUUGGCACCAGUACGAGGUCAUCUUGAAACACUAUUUAGGGAAACUGAGACAUUCCGUCGAGUUUCAGAAGCAGCUUGUCAGAACCGUUGUCAUCAUCCUGGAUUCUUUUCACUUUAAUUUGUCAAAGUGUAACAAGCCUGUCGAAGAAUGUUCGACGCUGGACAAUUCUAAAACAACCAAAGAAGAGGAUGAGAAUGUUGAUGAAAAGGCGGAACAGUUGGACGAAGUUUUAAAUUCUGAAACCUUGGAGAACGCGGUGGAAAUUCUAGAAACGGUUCAGAAAGAAGAGGAAGAGAGUGAAUUUGUGAUGGAGAAGCAAACGAUUCUUUCAGAGAACGGGGCGCAAAGAAUCGUGUUUAGUAUAUCCAAAGAAUUGUUGCCACAACUUCAUCGUUCGAUCGUAGCUAAAACUCAGCAGGAGAGUAGUCACAAGAUUAACAAAAAGAAGAUUUCAUCAGAGAACGAGGAAGAAGAACUAAUGCGUGUUCCCAUCGCGCUUGCGUUUGUUAAACUGUUACAGAAAUUACCCCAAUGUAUGCUGGGUACAAAUUUACCAGGAAUCUUCAUGAAAUUAUGCGCGUUCCUGAAGUCGCGUUUGGAAUCGGUGCGGCGCGUUACUCGCGAGAUACUGCAAAAGAUCAUGAUCACUCUGGGUCCAAAGUAUCUUCAUUACCUGUUGAGAGAGAUGAAUACAUUGUUAACGAAAGGUUUUCAAAUUCAUGUACUUGCGUACACAGUGCAAUCGGUGUUGGUCUCCUUGAAACCGUAUUUUCAAAAAGGCGACAUUAAUGAGAAUCUUCAAAGUAUUUUAUCUGUGUGUAAAGUAGAUCUGUUUGGGUUGACCGCAGAAGAGAAAGAAGUAAUAGGAAUCGUGAAAAAUGUCUCAGAGGCAAAGUCCACAAAAAGCUUCGAUAUUUUUCAUAUAUUGGCGCAAUACAUCACGGAAUCUUGCUUGGUGGAUUUAAUUUUACCAUUGAAAGAAGUGCUUAUAAGAACACGCUCUCACAAAACCGUGCAGAAAGUGGUGGAAUGCUUAAGAAAUGUAGUAUUGGGUUUGGCAGAUAACGUCUAUAUACCAUUGGAGCAAAUGCUUAUAUUUCUUUAUGGCGUGGCUUCUGAAAGCAUUCCCGAGCUCAUACCUGAGAGAAAGAACAAGCAGUUAACCGAGAAAGAAGUAAAAAUAAUGGCUAUACAGAAGCCUGAUUCCUUCAUUAUUCCACCUCAGCCAAAAAACAGAAUGGGCAUAAAGGCUGUUUCAAAAACAUCGAAGAAUACCAAUGUUCAUGUUAUCAUUGAAUUUGGUUUGAAACUGUUUCAUAUUUUACUGAAAAGGGACAAAGUAUCCGCUGCAAAGUUCAAACCUCUCAUAGAUCCGUUUGUACCACUUAUGAGCGACUGUAUAAAGUCUCAACACGUUAAGCUGAGCACAUUAGCGUUGCAGUGUUUAAACUGGCUGCUCAAGAUGGACUUAUCAUCGGUGCAGGACAGAAUCUCCGACAUCUGCUCGUCCAUAUUCAGCAUACUGCACAAAUACGCCGCGGCUGGUUUGAGCAAAGGGGAUAAUUUUGAUCUGGUCAUGGCUAGCUUCAAAUGCAUGUCGGUGAUCGUCCGCGACGUGAAACACUACACGAUCACCACGGACCAAGUAAAAGUUCUGAUCAUGUACGCCGAACAAGAUAUGCACAACAACGACCGACACGCGACAGCGUUCGGUCUGCUAAAGGCGAUAAUCGCUCGGAAGAUGGUAUUCCCCGAAAUGUACGCUGUCAUGGAGAAAGUUGCUGCUCUGAGCAUCACGUCGGAAUUGGAACACAUCAGGCAGCAAUCGCGUUCCGUGUUUUAUUCGUACUUGAUGGACUAUCCCCUUGGGAAACAUUUGAACAAACAUAUAGUGUUUUAUUUAACGCAACUCGGUUACGAGAUGCAACCUGGCCGACUCAGCGCGUUAGAAAUGAUUCACAGCAUUAUUACAGGAUUUCCAUUAAAAGCUUUGACGCUGAAGUCAGCCCUGAUAUUUGUAAUGGCGGGCGCACGAUUGGUGAACGACGACGAUCCGACGUGUCGUAAAUUAUGCGCAAAGUGUAUCAAAGAAAUGAUAACGCGUUUACCUCACAACGACAGAAGCAAACUCUUCGACAUAGCCAUGGAAUGGUUAAAAGAUACGAAGAUAAUGCAUCGCGCUCUGGCUGCUCAGUUAUGCGGCAUAUUCGUGAUCGUGGAAAAAGACACGUUCGAAUGUCGAUUGAAAGAGAUACUGCCCCUUCUACUGAGACAGUUCCACGCGAAGUUCGACGACAAAGACGAGCCUGGUCGUUUCGUGAAAUUACGCGCAAACGAGGAAACUGAAUUCAAGAUACCAUCGAGCGUCAAGGAUCCAGAGAGGAUGAAGGAUCAUCAUAUGUUUCAGGUCUUGCAGUUGUUGUUAAAAAUAUCAGCGAAUUGUACAGCGUUCCUAAAAAACGAAGAGUACAAGGAAACAGUCCGUUCGUUUGCUGAAUACAGUCAAUUCUUAUUGGCACAUCCGCACACGUGGGUUCGUUUAGCAGCGUCGCAGAUGAUUGGUUUUGUGUUGGCUGCCCUCGACAUCGACAAAAUUAUAGACUUGCUAGAAAAUCCCGGAAAAUGCGAAACGGAAACCGGUUACAUGUGCUCCGAGCCUGACGUAAUCAUCAGAAGUUUAACUUUAGAUUUAAUCGCGCAAUUGCAACCCGAUACGACGUUCGAGGAGCUGACCGAUCAAACCAUUAAAAAUUUAAUUUUUAUCGCGAGAAUAUUGAAAUCCGUAAAAACAUCUGGCUUCGAACCGAUCGAAGGAAGCGACCAGGUAAAAGGGAAAGACAAGAACCAGUUAUCUCUUCCUUGGCUCGUCAGAAGACUAAGAAAGGCUGUGAACAUAGAAAUAACUCAAGCUCCUAAAUCGAUAACAGUGCGAACUGCAUUCUUCAAAUGGACAGCUGGUGCAGUGGCCACUAUACCCAUGGAGUGUUUGAACGCAGUACUUUUUAAUAUUAUGUCGCCGAUUGCACGCGAAAUGUCGAGCACGGAAGAGAGUAAUGUCGCUUUACGACGACUGGCGAAAGAAGCGGCUGUGAUGAUCAAGAAACGUUUAGGCAAUGAAGAAUAUACUAGGUUAUUGAGCAGGGUGCAACAGAAAUUAGAUAUUAAGAAAGCGGAAAGAAGGAAAUCACGCACGCAACAGUUCGUGACGGACCCAGAGUUGGCUGCGAAACGUAAAAUUGCGAGGCAACAGAAGAAAAAAGAAGCUAGGAAGAGGAAAAUGGACGUCAUGAAAGGUAAAAAAGUAACGAAGAAACGUCGCAAAAAAGAAGUUGAUUUAGAUAUUAUAUGAAUUUUCUGUUUGAAGUGAAAUUCUGAUGUACAUAAAUUAAGGAUAUCUGAUAACAGAUUUAAAUUUUAUCUGAUUGAAAUUUUGUACAGUACUCUAUAGUACAUGUGUGAUUGUAUACUAAGAAGCGAAUAUGUAUAUUUUGUAAGUUAAUGCGCAUACAUCUAUCUUUUUUAAAUGACCAACAUUUCAUGACCACGUGUAAAAAGUGCAACAUUUUAUAUUAU